CACCGUCAGCUGCAGUGUGAUGAGACGCGACAGACGACAUCUGCAGUGAAACCGAGUCAGAACCGGGACAGCUGCGCCGGAACGCCUGUCAGUGCACUGGAGCAAUAUUACUUCAUAUUACCCUCUCAACAUAAAACGCGUCCUCUCAUGAUGUUGAUCUUGUGCUUGGAAACCAUUACCUGCACGCUGUUGUUCCUUUCACCCUUUGUGACCACCUACCCAGCUGACUUGGAGAAAGGACGGAGGAGAGUGGUUCAUGUAAUGGAGGAUGAUACAGGGGCAGUGAUAGUCCAGACUGCUCCAGGUAAGGUGGUCACUCAUCGCGGUGGCACUAUCACCCUUCCCUGCCGUUACCACCAUGAACCAGAGGACGUCGACCGUAAUCGCAUCCGCAUAAAAUGGACGAAGGUUUCCGAUGCUUUCCAGUUUGAAGACGUGUUUGUAGCGCUGGGGCGACAACAGAAGACGUUUGGGUCCUACCGUGGUCGAGUGUCUCUGGAACGGGCAGGGCCAGGAGAUGCUUCAGUUAUUAUUCACAACAUCACCUUGCAAGACUACGGCCGCUACGAGUGUGAGGUCACCAAUGACAUGGAGGACGACACGGGAUUUGUCAAUCUAGACCUUGAAGGUCAGGUGUUCCCAUACUACCCUCCAUCCGGACGCUACAAGCUGAACUACCACCAGGCAGAGGAAGUGUGCCGACAGCAAGAUGCAAUUCUGGCCUCUCAUGCGCAACUCCACAAGGCUUGGCUUGAGGGGUUGGACUGGUGCAACGCCGGCUGGUUAGAGGACGGCUCGGUCCAGUACCCCAUCUCUCAUCCUCGAGACCAAUGUGGCCACAAGGAUAGCCCUCCCGGGGUCCGCAACUAUGGCUAUAGGCACAAAGAAGAUGAACGCUAUGAUUCUUUUUGCUUUACCUCAAACCUCAACGGACGUGCUUACUUCCUCAAACGUUUUAAGAAGGUAAACUACCUCGAGGCAGUAAAGGCAUGUCAACGUGACGAUGCAGUGAUUGCCAAAGUUGGACAACUAUACGCCGCAUGGAAGAUCCAGCUCUUGGACCGUUGUGAGGCGGGCUGGGUGGAAGAUGGCAGCAUCCGUUACCCCAUCGUCAAUCCUCGGGCCCGCUGCGGGGGCCCAGAACCUGGUGUCCGAAACCUAGGUUUCCCUGAUAAAAAGUUCCGCCUCUACGGAGUCUACUGCUUCCGCAGGAACACUGAUGUCCAGUCAACACAGGCUCCAAAAGAAACCACAACCAAACCGGCUAACAGCACCAGAAGCAUCUGAAAGUGCACAAUACUAGUUACUAGCAUCAUGGCUUCUGUGUUUGACAGACAAGGCUUUUUGCACACCUGCUAGGCUUGCGCUGAACUCGGGGCAUAAUUGAGCUUGUAUAAUUUCACACACUUGCUUGAAAUGAGGUGUCAGUCAUCUCUAAAUUGAGAAAGUCAGCAACUUUUCUCCUCAGAGACAUUAGUUUCGCCGUAUACCCUGCAUGCAGAAUUUAGCCUUCAGGUUUUCAAUUUGUUUUAUUUUGCUGUUUCCCAGGGACAAAAGACAAAAGACAAAAGUGACUUUAAUUAGCGCUAAGAAAGCAGGAAAGCUAAUUUAGCCUUAUAAUGAGUAUAGCACAUUAGCAAUAGCCCUCAAUGACCUGAUGAUGAGAAAGUGAUAAUGGACAAAACUUCAUCAGAUGCUAGCAUGAACUGGCUAGCUUGGCUGGGCUUAGCUUGCUUAUUAAAAUGAACUUUCACAGUUGUUGCCAUCCAAGCAAGUAGCAAAACUGAUUAGCUGUGCCAAUUACUAUGCACAUAACACUAGACACUCAUUUUUGAUACGUUUUGAAUGACCUUGCAAGCAAUAACAGAAUUAGGCAUGACAUUUUCUAGAUGUUUAUUACAGUGAUAAAGCUAAAAUAUUGUGAAUGGCAGACUUACAUCAGCUGCUUUACUACUUCUUAGUGGUUGAUUGCACUGUCCAUUCAGUAUUGCACAAUAUUGUCUAUGAUGAUGCA